AGUUCCAAUUUCCAUCGUAGUGCAUUUUGGCAGAUGAAAAAUAUUGGCUAAAACAAAUUAAUCGGCCAAAGCAUUAUAGCAAUAGUUGAAUGAAUGAGAUGAAAACUGAAGCUUCUUAUGAUAUGAUUUAAAUCAGUAGCAUAAAGCUUAGUUUUCAUAGCAUGAAUAUUACAAGCAUUGACAUUGUACCAAACGAAAUCCUUUGCAAAGUUUUUUCUUAUUUGUCGGCGAAGCAUUUGAUAAUUAACGUCAAGCUUGUGUGUAAAAGAUGGUGUUACGUUAUUUGUCAACGAAAUCUAUGGACAAGAUUGACUUCUGACGAUAUUAAAAGUCUUCAAGUCAACAGUAAUUCAAUUGAUGUAAUUUUAAAAAGAAUUUAUUGUGAUAAUUUUGAUGAGCACACGCUAAACUAUCUAUCUCUUGAUGGUGUAGAGUUUGCAGCAGAAGAAUUGGCUAAACAAAUUGAUUAUGAAGUAUCACUAUUAUUUCCAUGGAUAAUGCAUUUAGAAAAUCUUCGCGAACUAUCAUUGUCAUUUUGCCCUAGACCAUCAUUUAACUGGAAUCUUAGUUACAGCUAUAGCUUAUUAUUGUCCUAAACUCAAGUCAUUAAUUUUAACCAGUUCAAAUGUUUAUGAUAAUGUUUUUGAAAUGAAAUUCCCUGCCAUGACCAAACUUGAUGUGGCGUUUUGCAACACUUUGACUGACAAGUUUCUUUAUAACAUUAGCCACUGUAAUUUAAAACAUUUAAAUGUUGAUGGUGUUCAGUGGAUUGGAGAUGAAGCUAUGAAACAUUUGUUAUGUGAAUGUCAACAUUCUUUGGAGUAUUUAUGGAUUGAUGGCGAGAAUUUAACAGAUGAUGGCUUGCAGUAUAUUGAGUGUUGCUAUAAUAUGAGCUGCCCAUUUCUUAGGACAUUAGAUCUCUCAUGGUGUUGGAACAUUACAGAUAAAGGGCUAAAUUGCAUUGUAAAGCAAUGUCAUCAUAUUCAAAUUCUCAAAUUGAUUGGAAUUCCUGGUUUGAUUGGUGAACCUUUGUGGGCUGUAGCAGAGAUGAUGCCUCGUCUUAUGUACUUGGACCUGUCUACCUGCAAUUGCAUUAAAGAUAAUAUUAUUAAAAAAAUAGCUCAAAAGAAUCAAUCUUUGACAAUAGUUGACUAUUAUGGUAAUAUUGUAAAAUAUGGAAAGAGACAGAGCUGACACAGGCA